UUGUCCAGAGUUAAACGCGGCGUCACCAAGCGCCACCGCCAUAAGAAAAUAUUAGCCCAGGCCAAGGGCUUUCAGGGCUCCUCGAGCCGCAACUACAAGUGGGCCAAGGAAGCAUUGCUCCACGCUUGGAGCUAUUCCUACCGUCACCGCCGCGAGAGGAAGGGCGAGUUCCGCCGCCUGUGGAUCGUCCGCAUCGGCGCCGCCUGCCGUCAGUCCGGCACCACCUACAGCCAGUUUAUGCACGGCUUGAAGGUGGCGGGUGUCGAGGUGGACCGCAAGAUGCUGGCCGACCUGGCGGUUAACGACCCUGUCGGCUUCGACAAGCUGCUCGGCAUCGCCGCGGAAGCCAAGGUCGCCGCUUAG